UUGCGUGAUUCCCAUCCAUCCUCUGUUAAUACUUAAAAAAAAAAAAAAAAAAUGGCAGCUGAAUCUGCAAGUUAGGGCUCUUCGGACAUGAAUCUUGCCCCAAUCUUCAGCAACUAAAAAAGAAAAGAUGAAGAGACUAAGAUCCAGCGACGACGUUGAUUCCUGUAGUGAUAAGAAUGCUGGCGGAGAACCUCUCAACUCGGACCGGCCCCAUCGGGACUUCUUCCACAAGUCCUUCUCUCGCGACCGUGACCGUGAACGCGGGGGAGAUGCCGGCUUCUCGAGGGGGUUUUCCCGUAGGCGAUCCAACCGUGACUUUGAUAAUCAUCGAAAGAACGACCCGGAUGCCCGGUUCCAUCGAUCUGAGAGCGCUUGUUUCUCAAGGAGGGCUUUUCCAAAAGGAUUUCGUUCUGAGAGGGAGAGGCCCAAAAGGGAAGAUAGUGUCUCCUCCUGGAGGAGAUUUAGUGGUCCUGGUAAUGACUUUGGCGUCGAAGACCGAGAUAGGAGAUUAAGAGACUCUGAAAGGGAUAGAGACGAUCAACCCAAAUUGAAGCUACUCGAUUCCAGAAAUUCCCGCUCCAGAUCCAAAUCUCUAGCUUCUCCUACAUGGUCCAAAGAUUCUGGGAGCGAGCAAUCCAAAAGUGUUGGAAAUGUUGGCAAGAAAAGCGAGGAUGAAGUGCAGCGUCAGAUCAGUACAACCAGUAGCGAGAUGGAGGAAGGGGAGCUGGAGCCUGACCCUCAACCAGAGACCGCCUCCGGGCUUUCUCAUCAAACCAAAGAUGACGCUGAGAAACCUUCCUCCUGCGCUGCUGCUGAUCAUAAGGACGCAAGGAUUGACGUAUUGGAGUUGGAAAAAAACGCUGAAUUUGAUGCCGAAACUGUAAGUAACCAAGAACUCAGUCAUGUGGGUGGUGAUAGGGAUAUGGAAACAGCUGAGAGCAUGGCGGAUAAGAAAACUGUUGAGGAAGGGGAAAAUGUGCUUGAGCAUGCCAGUGAGACCAUGCAUGUUAAUCAAAACAACAUGAAUGAUAAUUCUACAACUUCAGCUAGUGAACAUGAGCGUAGAGAUGACACAGCCAUUGCUAGUGUCACUAAGAUUACAGAUAUGGUCGAUAAUAACAAUGAAGACUACAAGGAGAACCAUGAAGUGAAGUUGGAAGAAAGUCUUUAUCCAGAUGUCCCUGAGCAGUUUCAGCUAGAAGAGUUUAAGGGAGUUCAAGGUAUUGAUGGUGAUACAAACAAAGCGGAAACUGAAGCAGGCCAUGAAUGUGUUGAGGAAAAUGCUCUAGGGAUUAGAACGCCUGCAGAAUACAUUACCAUUGUAUCGGAUUGCUCGGUCCACAAACACUCGGAUAACAGCAAACAUUCUGAUGUCCCACUUACUCAUUUACAUGGGAACGCACUAUUUUCUGAAAGAAAGCCUGAGGAUAUUUCCGAAAGGGAUAAAGAUGAAAAAGAUGACAACUUCGGAGGACCUAGUAUUAGAGGAUUUGAACUGUUCUCUAGUUCUCCUGCUCUAAGAAAAAAUAAAACUGACCAGUCAAGUGUUAAUAAGCCCAAGGAUGAGAAAUUGUUGUUGGAGCCACUGGAUCUGUCACUUAGCCUACCAGAUGUUUUGUUGCCAAUUGGUGGCCAGGAUACUAAUCAGCCUCUGGGGUCACCAGUCCGUUCUGAAAGUGUUCGGUCUUUGACAGACACGUUUUGUACCAAUUCUGAUGGCUUCACCAUGUCUAUGUCCUUUUCAGGUUCCCGCUCAUUUAAUCAUAAUCCAAGCUGUUCACUAAAUCACAAUAUUGGAGAUAAUGAGCAGUCAGUUCAUAGCCGACCUAUAUUUCAGGGUAUCGAUUGGCAGGCACUUUCUCAUAAUGAUCCAAAGUACAACGAGAAUAUAGUCUAUCAAAGACUGAUGGAAAAUGGAAAUGGUUCAGUUCAACCUCAAGCAAUGAAAGGCAUUUUAAUUUCUGGUGAAGCUGAUGAAGGGCAUCUUAGAUUGGCUGAUGGGAGCUCCAAGGCAGAGAAUAGACUUGAGAAACAAUUGAGUUUCCAGAAAAGUGUUGAUGUUAGAUCAGCUUGUCCAAGAACCAGCUCUCUUGAAAAUGGCUCAAAGUUUGUUGAGAAGAAAAAAGCCAAGGACUUUUUCAGUGGUAGCAAUUCCUGGAUAAAUGGAAUGGAAUCUGGUGGGCAUGAUUUUGUUGAGACGGUCAUUAGAUACAUUCUCUCCGAUUCGAUGCAUCUGAUGACCAAGAGAUUUCAUGAGAUGCCCAGUCGAUACAUAAGUAGCUUGAAGGAAAACAUCCGGCAGAUGAUGCUGAACAUGGAUAAGAAUGUACAACUUGGUGCUUUUCAAGAUGCUCUGCAGAACAGGACUGAUAUAACUCUUGAAUUGCUUACAAAAUCUCAUCGUGCUCAGUUGGAGAUCUUGGUCUCACUAAAAACUGGGCGCUUAGAUUUCCUUAAGUUAGACAACAGCAUCUCGUCUCCUCAUUUAGCUGAGAUUUACAUGAACAUGAGAUGCAAAAAUCUUUCUUGCAGGGUUUUGGUGCCUGUGGAUGAAUGCGAUUGCAAGGUUUGUUCAAGGAAGGAUGGAUUUUGUAGUGCUUGUAUGUGUCUUCUGUGCUCAAAUUUUGAUAUGGCAUCCAACACCUGUAGCUGGGUUGGGUGUGAUGUUUGUCUUCACUGGUGCCACACAGAUUGUGGGAUAAGAGAAUCUUACAUACGGAAUGGGAUCCAAGCUUCUGGUGCUCCAGGAAUUACCGAGAUGCAGUUCCACUGCGUAGCCUGUAACCAUCCCUCGGAGAUGUUUGGCUUUGUCAAAGAAGUGUUUCUAAAUUUUGCCAGGGAAUGGAAAUUUGACCGCUUUUGCAAGGAACUUGAGUAUGUCAACAAGAUAUUUUCAUCAAGCAAAGACUCUAGAGGAAAACAGUUGAGACAAGCUGCUGAUGCGAUGCUGGAAAGUUUGAAAAGUAAAUCGAUAGGCCUUCCUGAAGCUUGCAAUCAGAUAUUGGGUUUCAUUUCAGACUAUGAUUCAUCCACCCCUGGUGAAACUUCUGCCCCGUUCAGAUACGAACAGCCAAAACCCAGGCAUGAGAGGGGAAUCUAUAGUCAGGACACUGCAUGGCUGAGAUCGGUUUGCUCAGAUAAACCUCAUCAUCAGCUGAAAAGGUCUGUGAGCGUAGUUGAUACGUUCCACAGAGAGAGACUAGCUGAAAUAUGUGGAGUGGAGAUUGGUUUGAAAAGGGGAUCGGCAAAGGAACCUCAUUUUGAAGAACUGGAGAGCAUCGUGAGAAUGAAGCAAGCAGAGGCAGGGAUGUUCCAAGGACGGGCAGAUGAUGCAAGAAGAGAAGCAGAGGGGCUGAAACGAAUAGCAAUAGCGAAGAAGGAGAAGAUAGAGGAAGAGUACAAGAUGAGAAUAGGGAAGUUGAGCAUGGAGGAGGCAGAAGAGAGAAGGAGGAGUAGACAGGAGGAGUUGGAUGCAAUAGAGAGAGGGCAGAGAGAGUUUUAUGAAAUGAAGAUGAGAAUGGAGGAAGAGAUGAGAGGGCUUCUCACCAAAAUGGAAGUGACAAAGCAGAGUUUGGCCUUGUAAUAGUUGUAGUAGUAAUCAUAUGUAAUGUACACAAAACUCUCCCCGUAUGUAUCUCUUAAGAUAAGUGUAAGGUCUUCUUUUAGAGAGCAUUAAAGAGUUUUGAGUCCGA